UAAAGAUGUUAGUGCACAGCUUCAACAUGACAAUGGAAAUCCUAGCCUAUUUGGUCCUCCUUUAUUCUGAAAGCAUUCAGUACCUCUGAUUGCAAACCUGGAAAAAAGCGUCAAGGACAAUCCGCUUUCUGCAAUGGAAACAACCAGAACUGUCAGCAGCACUGAAACUAUAGUUACUGGAGUGGUGAAGGGGUGACUUUUUGUCUUAGUGAUGCCCUAGUUAGUUUUGUUAACUUCCUAUUUGUCUUUUUGACAGCUGCUGAGCAUGACUUUUUCACAGAAAUAUCCACGCUCCAGAAAUCCUUCCUAACAAGAUAUAUACGUACAAAUAAAAUCAAUCAAGUAUGAAGCAGAACAGCCUCUGUUUCCAGAUAUUCCUGAAUCAAAGCAACAAUCUGUGUCUUUGGAAGCAGGAAUGCUGCAGCCAUUAUGUAUGGGACAGUUUUACUCAGCCCCUGCAGCUGAUACUGUUGUCCAACAGUUGCUUCCCAGUCCCGAGGCAGCCCCCCUUCCAGAACCACCUGAUCCAAAAAUGUGUUCUCCUCGAGAAUACUUAGAGUAUUACAUCUUUCCAGUGCUCUUACCUGGACUGGCUGAACUUCUACAUCAAGCAAAGAAGGAAAAGUGUUUUGAGAGAAAAAGGACGAAAUUUAUUGCCUGUGAUUUCCUAACUGAGUGGUUAUACAACCACAACCCAAAGAGGAAAGAUGAGUCAUUCACAGAAUUCUUUUCCAUUCCUUUUGUUAACGACUGGCUAAAGGACCAUCCUAGGCAACCAAUGCCUCUGUCUCUCCACCUAUCAGAAGAAGAAGCAAGCAUAAUAAUCCAGUCGUUUUGGAGAGGUUAUCGGGUCCGCUGUAAUAUGGAAGUGCAAGAGCUACGUCAGUGGCAAAAACAGUUGAGAGAGGAAGAAAACAUUUCUCAAAGAGUGGAAGAAUUCUGGACUAAGCAGGAAGCCAAAGCUUCCAUGCAAGGAGGAGACCUUUAAAGUUCCUGCUAAAGCACUUGGAGGGAAAAUACUUUCCUGACCCGACACUGUCACAAACAAGAGUGCUCUUUUCCUACAUGUCUGGUCUACAUCCAUAGGAAACAUCAAAACCAGAGGAAAACAAUGAUGCGUAAAGAUGAAAACAAAGGUAAAGUGCCUGGAUAGCCAUUGGCUGGGAUGCCAAAGUUCUCGUGUCAAUUACAGUGAAUAAAAAGCAGUUUGUGUAGUACCAAAA